AUGGCCGCUCGAAAGUCAGCGGCGUCGCAGUUCGCUCUGGCUUCCUGCCGGCAGAUGCGGCGGCAGAGUCGGCCCUGGGGGACGGUUGAGCUUCAGUGCACUCGGUGUGGAAGAAAGUUGGCCGGCGCUUCAGGUAAUCACCACAAACUUCAGUGUGGACAUAUAUUUUGUGAAAUGUGUUUAUUAAUAACUGAAGAAUGCAGCACAAUUAUGUGCCCUGAAUGUGCGGUUGCUACAACUAUAAAUAUGAGGCAAAGCUACUACACAGUUGAUGGAUAUAAUCAAGAAGAUUCUCUUAUGGAAAAAUCGCAACCUAAGAAAAUAAAGAAUUAUUCUUGGGACUUUAAAAAGACUGCUGAUCAGCUAACCGGUGGUUUAGAACAUUCAGUCUCCACACGCAGGAAUAAAUUGAAUCUAUCAACUGUAAUGGUGGAAACCAAAGCUACAGAAGAAAUAGAUGAAGCAUUGAAAAUAGCAGGAAAUAAUAUCGAACAAUUAAGUACAGCUAUAAAAAUGCUUGAACACAUACACAGUAAAGCAAAAGAAGAGACAGCCAAUAUUAUAGAGGUUAUGGAGAAACAGUUUGAUCAGCUUUUUACUUCUCUUGAUUCCAGGAAAAAGAACCUGUGUGAAGAGGUAGUAAGAAAAACAGAUGAUUACUUAUCAAAUGUAGUGAUGGCCAAAAGCUACAUUGAAGAGAAAAAACAUGACUUGGAUGCAGCUAUGAAGAUAGCAAAUGAAUUAAAAUUGGCACCUUCUCUACAGACAUAUUGUGACCUAAAACAGAUUAUCCAAACUUUGAAGUUAACAUUUGAGAGUGAAUUGUCACAAGUUUCCUCUCUAAAGCAACGAAGCUCUCCCAGGUUUAAUAUGAAUUGCAAUGAGAUGAUCUGUAUACUCAACAGUAUAGGAAAGAUUGAAUUUGAGGAUUCAACGAAAUAUGAUCCCCAAGAAAAGAAAACUAGACAGAAGGCUCAAAAAAAAAAUAACAGUAAAAAGGAAUUUUCUUCUCAGGAUACAUACCCAUCACUACAGAAGAAAAAGUUUGACCUGUCAGUCCUAACUGACAAAACAGCAUCAUCUCCUUUGCAAAGGGAAAGUAAUAAUGUGCUUUUAGAUGUAAAAAUAUUACAGCCAUCUAAAGAAGUGGUUUCAGCUACAUCCCCUAAAAUUGUUGGUGUUCUUCCUCAAAUGGGCUCCAGUCCUGAUGUGAUAAUUGAGGAAAUUAUUGAAGAAAACGUGGAAAGUUCUCCUGAGCUAGUUUUUGUAAGCCAUGUGAUACAUCCUUGCCACUUCUAUGUUCGGAAGUAUUCACAAAUAAAUGAUGUUACAAUACUGGAAAAGAAGGUGAAUCAUUUUUGUUGUAAAAGUCUACACCUUGAUCCUUCAGACACUUUGGAGCUAGGUACAAGAAUAUUUGUGAAAAGUAUUGAAAAUAGAAAAUGGUGUCGAGGAAUUAUUACUAAAUUAAUUCCAAAAGAAAGUGAAGAUACUAGAAAACCUGGUGGUCCAACCAAAUUCUCAGUCUGUGAAAUUGCACUAAUACAAAUAUUCAUGGUAGAUAUUGGAAAUUCUGAAGUCCUAAUUGUUUCAAGAGUUGGUGAUACCCAUGUGAAAUCAGAACACAUUGCUGAGAAUCAUAUAGUAUUAAAUGACUUAUGUCUAAUUCUAAGGAAGUCUGAUCCAUAUAUCGAAAGUUUAUUGAAAGACAUCCCGCCAUUAGCACAGCAAUGCUCGCUGAAAGACAUUGUUCCACAGAAUUCAGAUGAAGGCUGGGGAGAAGAAGCAAGAGUAGAAUUUUUGAAAAUGGUAAAUAAUAAGACUGUUUUAAUGAAAAGUUUUAGGGAAGAAGAUGGUGUUCUUAUUGUAGACCUGCAGAAACCACCAACAAACAAAAUAAGCAGUGAUAUGCCAGUGUCUCUUACUGAUGCAUUAGUUUUUCUGGAACUAGCUCGGUUUCGGUCACAGUCACCAAGAAGUCACUCUGAAAAUAAUAGGACAUUAUGCUAUCAUCCACCUAUUUUGCCUAAAGAAACGACAUCUGUUUCAGUCAUGGUUUGUUACAUAAAUAGUCCUAGUGAUUUCUAUCUUCAGUUGAUAGAAAGCCUGGAUUUUUUAUCCUUAUUAAAGACAAUUGAGGAAUUCUAUAAAAGUGAGGAUGGGGAAAAUCUGGAAAUCCUUUGUCCAGUUCAAGAUCAAGCCUGUGUAGCUAAAUUUGAAGAUGGAGUUUGGUAUCGGGCAAAAGUUAUUGGAUUGCCUGGACAUCGGGAAGUUGAAGUUAAAUAUGUAGACUUUGGUAAUACUGCAAAAAUAACUCUUAAAGAAAUGCGUAAAAUCAAGGAUGAGUUUCUAAAGCCCCCAGAGAAGGCAAUUAAAUGUAAGCUGGCCUAUAUUGAACCAUGUAAAAGGAUAAAAAAGUGGCCCCAAAAAGCUAAAGAAAAAUUUGAAGAGAAGACUCAAGACAAAUUUAUGACCUGUUCAAUCAUUAAAAUUUUGGAAGAUAAUGUACUUUUAGUUGAGCUUUUUGAUUCUUCUGAUGUUUCUGAAAUGACUCCUACUAGUAUUAAUGACCAGUUAGUCAAAGAAGGCCUAGCAUCUUAUGAAGUAGGAUAUACCCUGAAAAAUGAUUCUAAAAAGGAUAUUGAAGUGUGGGAUCCUUCUCCAGAAGAAAUUAUUUCUAGUGAAGCAAACAACUUAAAUCCUGUAUCUGCAAAAUCUCUCCCUAAUGAGAAUCUCCAAUCUCUUUAUAAUAAGGAACUGCCUGUGCAUAUCUGUAAUGUAAUAUCUCCUGAGAAGAUUUAUGUUCAGUGGUUAUUCACAGAAAAUUUAUUGCAGAGUUUAGAAGAAAAGAUGGUAGCUGCUUAUGAAAACUCAAAAUGGGAACCCAUUAAAUGGGAAAAUGAUAUGUACUGUGCUGUUAAAAUCCCAGAUAAAAAUCAGUGGCGAAGAGGUCAGAUAAUCAGAAUAAUCACAGACACGUUGGUAGAGGUCUUGCUGUAUGACAUGGGUAUGGAACUAAUAGUGAAUACUAGCUAUCUAAGAGAACUUCAGGAAAACCUAAAGACAUUUGGAAGAUUAUCAAUGGAAUGCUCUCUUGUUGAUAUAAGACCAACUGGUGGGAGUGACAAGUGGACAGCAACAGCUUGUGACUGUCUUUCAUUGUACUUAACUGGAGCAGAAGCGACUAUCAUCUUACAGGAAAACAACACAUUGUGGCCAUUACCUGUGAAAAUUUUCUGUAAAGAUGAGAAAGGAGAGCGUGUUGAUGUUUCUAAGUAUUUGGUUAAGAAAGGUUUGGCUUUGAAAGAAACAAGAAUUAAGUUAGAGAAAAGCCAUCUAUUAUCUAAGAAGUAUUUGCAAUUUCCUCUAGAACAAGAAGGUUCAAUGAUUACUAAAGGAACUAAAAUUAAACUUUACCAUGACAUAAAAGAUACUGUUAAUUUCAGCAAGCACAAAGUUUCUGAAGUUAAAGAGAAAAUUGUAUCAGAAGUUAAAGAGAAAAUCCUCGCGCCAAGAAACACUGGAUGCUAUCAACCACCAAUAAUCCCUAAUAUGAAAGUAUUUGAUGCAACAGUAAGUUGCAUUGGUGAUGAUGGGACUAUAUUUGUAGUACCAAAAUUGUCAGAAUUUGAGCUACUAAAAAUGACGAAUGAUAUUCAGAAUAGUUUGAAAUGCCUGGGUCUUUUGGAGCCCUAUUUCUGGAAAAAGGGAGAAGCCUGUGCAGUAAGAGGAUCAGAUACUAUCUGGUAUCGAGGCAAGGUGAUAGAAGUUGUUGGUGGCACUAUCAGGGUACAAUAUUUAGACCAUGGAUUCACUGAGAAGAUUCCACAGUGUCAUCUGUACCCUAUUUUGCUAUAUCCUGAUACACCCCAGUUUUGUAUUCCUUGUCAGCUCCAUAAAACUGUACCUGUUGGGAAUGUGUGGCAGCCAGAUGCCGUAGAACUUCUACAGGAACUGCUUUCAAAGAGAGAAGUGGAAAUUCAUAUCAUGGAAUUGCCUGAAAAUCCCUGGGGGAAAUUAUCUGUUCAUAUCAAUUUUGAUGGAAUGUCACUUUCUUAUUUUAUGGCAAAUCAUAAACAUUGUACAUUUGAAAAUUCGGAGGAGUUUCCAAAAGAAAAACCAACAAAUUACAAUAAAAAGUAUGAGGAGGAAAGAUGGGAAAUAAAGUCUGAGGAAUUGCUCCUAUCUGAAACAGAGACUCCUAUAUUGCCACCAUAUGUAUCUUCAUCUCUGCCUCCCCCAGAAGAACUCUUUGCUGUUCGGGUUAAGCAUGUCAUCUCACCUAAUGAAAUGUAUAUUUGCCCUGAUUCUGUGGAAAAUUGUAAUAUAUUUAAUCAGCAUAGUAACUCAGAUGUCAAUGCAGAUUAUAAUGGAGUAAACUGGGAAUCUGGGUCUGAGAACCUUAAUGAAGCACUACAAAGACUUAAUAAGAAGGUGGAGACAUUUCCUCCUCUGACAGAUUUUAAACAAGAAAUGCCUUGCCUUGCAGAGUAUGAUGAUGGUAUAUGGUAUAGAGCAAAAAUCAUUUCCAUUAAAGAAUUUAAUCCUCUAACUAUCCUGGUACAAUUUGUUGAUUAUGGAACAACUGGAAAGCUGACAGUAAACAGAUUACGUCAAAUUCCUCUUUGCCUUAUGAAGUAUCCAACCCAAGCCAUAAAGGUUCUCUUGGCAGGGUUUAAACCUCCCUCAAGAGAUUCAGGAAAGUCAAGAAUACCAUAUUGUCCCAAAUGGAGCAUGGAAGCAUUGUGGGCUAUGAUAGAGUGCAUUCAAGGAAAACAACUUUAUGCUUCCUCCAUGGCUCAGGCACCAGAACAAGUAAUCACGUUAUAUGAAGAUGAACAUUAUCCAGUUCAUAUGUCAUUAAUAAAAAUGGGGCUUGCAGAUCAAGAUGACUGA